AUGGGAAGGGUGAAGCUGACCAUCAAGAGGCUGGAGAACUCCAAUAAUAGACAGGUGACCUUUUCUAAGCGGAGGAAUGGCAUCAUAAAGAAGGCGAAAGAGCUCUCUAUAUUGUGCGACGUCGACAUAGCGCUCAUCAUGUUCUCACCUACAGGAAAGCCCACAAUUUGUCACGGAGAAAGAAGCGUAGGAGCAGCCUCAUUGUUUACAGAGGAUGACAUCAAUGAUUUGGAGAGGCAAGCUACGGAGGAGGAAGGGGGUGGAUUUGGUUUCACACUGGAUGACAUUGAGGACGAUGAGGAGGAUGAGUCAUUGCCAAUGCCAGGUGCAACUAGAGGCAGAGCUACAUCUAGGAUGGAAGAUGAGCCACAGCCUGAGCCAUUCAUAUCGAGCAAGGAGGCACAAUCAUGCGACAUGCCCACAACAGAUUUCUAG